AUGGCUCAGACAAUCAAGGUCGCAGUGAUCCAGCUGCAUCCCAAGCCGCUCCAGAUCGAGCACAACUUCAACAAAGCGGCGAGCUUUAUCAAGUCGGCUGCAUUGCAGGGCGCCGAGCUUGCCGUGCUGCCCGAGUAUCAUUUGACAAAUUGGGUCCCCAAAGACCCUGGCUUCCUGCCGCUCUGUGAGCAGUGGGAAACCUACCUUAAAAAGUAUCAGGCGCUCGCUAAAGAACACCGGAUCUGCAUCGUUCCUGGCACCAUCGUCGAGAGACACCGCGAUGCCGACAAGGAGGACGAGAGACUACUCAACGUCGCUUAUUUCAUCAACCAAGAUGGCGACAUCAUUGGCAAAUACGUGAAGAAGAACCUAUGGGGUCCGGAGCGCGAACACCUUACCUCAUCCGGCCGCGACAUUCAUGAAGUCUUCGACACCCCAAUCGGCCGCGUCGGCAUGCUCAUCUGCUGGGAUCUGGCCUUCCCGGAAGCCUUCCGCGAAUUGAUUGCUCAGGGUGCUAAGAUCAUCAUCAUUCCAUGUUUCUGGACACUGGCCGACUGCUCACCCAAAGGCCUCGGCUACAACCCGUCCUCCGAAGCCCUUUUCCUCGACAGCAUGCUCACAGCGCGCGCUUUCGAGAACACGUGUGCCAUCAUAUUUUCCAACGCCGGCGGCCCUGCCGGAAAGGGCUAUGCCGGUGUCUCGCAAGUCACGGUCCCCUAUAUCGGUCCCGUGACUCGCCUUGGCAGCUGCGCCGAAGGGAUGAGCAUCGUCGACCUCGACCUUAGCAUCCUUGAGGAUGCGGAAGAAAACUACCAGGUUCGCGCUGACUUGGCCCGUCACGACUGGCAUUACGAUUACCGGCACAAUUCAAAGGGAAAGCUUUGA